AUGAAGGCCGUCCAGUCUCUCGCUCUUGGCCUCGCAGCCUUAACCCCUCUGGCUUCCGCCUGGCCCAGAUGGCUUCCAGAUGUCGAUGCCCUGGUUGUGCGCCAGAACGACGAAUCUUCCGCUCCUGCCGCAACUCAAACUCCGGCCCCCCAAUCAGGGGCUACGACAACACCAGAGGCUACGGGAACUGCAGAGGAGACGAAGACAGGCGGCGCCAAAACCACCAACCUCAACACCGCAAACCUCAACACCGCAAAGGGCUCCACAGAGACGGGUACUGGCACCAGCAAGCCAAAGCCGACCACCUUUGACGACACAGACCCUGCGGGUGCUGUUGUCAUGAUUACACCGGCACCUACGCAACAGGCUAUAAACCUAUACAAGAUCGGAGACUACGUCACCUGGGGAUGGAACUAUACGAAUCUUCAGGCCACGCCUACCGCCAUCGACGUCCUUGUUUCCUGCUCUGCCAUGGCCCAGACGUGGACGCUCACUCAGAACAUGAGCUUUGCCCAACCCGCCUCUUUCACCUGGGACUCGAGCGUGCAAGCGUCUGACCCUUCGGCCCCGUUGCGCAAUGAUGAGUACACCCUCGUCAUUUACGAUGCCGAAUCGAGCGUCAGCGCGACUCCAGCCGCCGGCUACUUGGGCGUCUCGAACAGCUUCAAGUUCGGCAUGUACUUGCCCCAACAGUACACGCCUCUGAGCGAGUGGCAUUGCGCAGUUUGCAAGUCGUCCGCGCCCUCUCUGAACAACAAGGCUGUCGGUAUGGCUGUAGGCAUGAGCAUGAUCACCGUAGCCAGCUUCACAUGGUUCGUGACAGGACUCGGCAUGUUCUGA